ACAUCUGAUUCCAGCUGUUGAUUUUUGGAGACUGUCGCCCACUUUGGAAUCCCUAUAAAUUUGAAGGAGUCCGUUUUAUUUCGAAAGAGUCGAAAGGCAUCGAAGGUUUUGAAAGCAGAGCAAAAAUGGCAGAUUCUGAAGCAUCGCAGUCUACAGAAACGGUGCGAGUGGACGCGAAGAAGCUCAAGUAUUUGGAAUUCGUUCAGGUGGCGGCGAUUUACGUGGUGGUGUGCUUCUCGAGCCUGUACGAGUACGCAAAGGAGAACUCCGGUCCGCUUAAACCAGGGGUUCAGACGGUGGAAGGCACCGUCCGAACCGUAAUCGGACCGGUCUACGAGAAGUUACACGGCCUUCCCUUCCAAUUCCUCAAAUUCGUCGAUCGCAAGGUGGAUGAGUCAUUGAGCGAGGUGGACCGUCACGUGCCAGUUCUGGUGAAGCAGGCGUCGAGCCAGGCGCUAUCGGUGGCGAGAGAGGUGGAGCAAGGCGGCUUGGUGAGCACGGCUAAGAAUAUUACUGUGAGCGUGUACUACAAGUACGAGCCGGUGGCGGAGCAGUACGCCGUGUCGGCUUGGCGAGCGCUAAACCGGCUACCGCUGUUUCCAUUGGUGGCUCAGAUAAUAGUCCCAACCGUGUCGUACUGGUCCGGCAAGUACAAUCGGGCCGUCGGGUACACUGCCAACAGAGGCUACUCCGUGGCGGCGUAUCUGCCGUUGAUUCCGACGGAGAGGAUUGCCAAGGUGUUUGAAGCGGAGAACGUGGUUGCCGUUCCGACGAACGGUGGCUCUGUUGCAGUGGAGCAGUGAUUACCGUUGAUCCUGGCUGGGGGCUUUAUUGUCUUUUAGCUUUUUCUUUAUUUUCCGAAUGUGAAGUUUAUUUUGGGCUCGUUUUGAAAGAAAGAGUUGAAGUGGUGC